GAGGAGAGAGAGAGAAAAAAAAAGGAGAAGAUAAUUAAAUUAAGAAAGAAAGAAAAAUGCUUCUUCUCUUCUUCUUCUUCUUCUUCUUCUACUUCUGCUUCUGCUUCUACUCUAUCUUAGCUAGUUUUGAUAGUCGAAAGUAACUAAGAAGCUUCCAAUGAGUCAAUUAAAGUUAAGUUUAUGAAUAGAUACCACACAAUAAGUCUUUAUUUCUCUCUCUCUCUCUGAUAUUGAUAUUUUCUGUGAGAAUAUGCUGAGUUAAUUUGGUCAAUAAUACCAACACCAACAACAAUAGAUAGAAACUUAAUUGGAAGGAAAUACACCAUCGAAAGAUUUGUCUUAAUCAUACAACUAGCUAUAUUACACUUGCUUUUUGCUAGGGUUUUCAGAAUUUUCUGCCUUGUUGGUCAAAGAAGAAGGCACCGACCGUACCUUGUAACUUCUCGCUCAUUUCUGGGCCGCAUAGAUCUGAUCAUCAGUCAAAUAUAUCAUGAAAUUUCAGGUGAUGGGUAAGGGUUUUGUUAAAGAGUGUGAAAUGGGAGCUAACUAGCUAGGCGCGGGUUUAUGAUUGAUGGAGUUUGUGCAAGAAGAUCAAUUAUCAGAUUUCAAAGAAGAAGAAGAAGAAGACGAAGAACAUCAUCAUCAUCAUCAAGAACAACUGGAUGAGCGAAAUGGUCCGCAACAGCAGCAAUAGUUCAUUCGCCAUCACAAUUCUCAGCUGAUCAUCAUCAUCAUCAGCAGCAGCAGCAGUAGCUUCAGCAGCAUCAGUCCAUUAUUAAUCUCAACCGCAAGCUCCAACCCAUGGCCGAUUUAUCACUGAGAACCAAUUACGAAGAAAACAACAUCAAUCGUAACAAUAACAGCGACAACAACAUUCAUGUACUUGGUGAGAAUAGUAACAGUAGUACUGGUACUCAUGGGGUUUGGUCUUGUAGUAGUAGUAGUACAGAUCAUCAAAGAGAGCACAUGUUUGACAAGGUGGUCACGCCUAGCGAUGUGGGCAAGCUUAACCGACUCGUGAUUCCCAAGCAACACGCGGAGAAGUACUUCCCUUUAGAUUCCACCACAACCGAGGACAACAGCAAAGGCCUGCUCCUCAAUUUCGAGGAUCGAAACGGAAAGUCGUGGCGGUUUAGGUACUCGUACUGGAACAGUAGCCAGAGCUAUGUGAUGACCAAAGGUUGGAGUCGUUUCGUCAAGGAGAAGAAGCUUGAUGCUGGCGACAUUGUGUCGUUUGAGCGCGGUGUUGGUGAGUCUGGUAAGGGUCGUUUGUAUAUUGACUGGAGGCGAAGACCUCACCAUCAGCAUCUCGGCCACCAUCACCAUCAUCAACAGUAUCAUCAUCAUCACCAUGCACUGCAAUCGCCCAAUCCGGGGUCGCUAAUUACACCUCUAGUACAGUUCGCAACCGACCACCAUCAUCAUCAGUUUCCGUGGGGCGGUGGAGGCGGAAGCGGCCGUCGUGGCGGCGAAGGACUUUUCUACUCGCUGCCCUCCGGGAUUUCCAUGCCCAUGCCGCCACUACACCAUGAAAAUUUGCGGUAUAAUUACAACAAUGGUGUUCAUUAUCCUCAUUAUAAUCAUAAUCAUAAUCAUAAUCAUCAACAACAACAACACCAACACCAACAACACCAGUACUAUCACAGUCCUAGUACUACUACAGGGAUUAGGCCGGGAGGAAUUAAUGAUAAUAAUCUCAUUCCCGUUGUGUUUGAAUCUACGCCGGCAGCUGUGAUUGGCGACUACCCUGGGAAAUUAAGCUCUCCGCCGUCCGCGUCGUCAAAACGGCUGAGGCUUUUCGGUGUAAACAUGGAGUACUGUCCGGAGGUACAAGAGGAGGUGGAGGAGUCUAUAGAGGGUGUAACGAUGGCUUCAUCAGCCAAUCACCAUCAGCUUCCAGCUUCAUCUAAUUUGGUCCAGUACUCUCCUCACGAACACCAAGUAAGGCUACCAAAUCAUCAUUCCCAAAUGCCAAUAACAAUUCCAGCAGAGUUUAUUUCACGGAAGGGAAAAUCUUCUUCCUUGUCUUUUGAUUUGGACCCUAAUUAAGUAAUUAAUUAGCUGAGACUGCUAUACGUAUUGCUCCCUUGAAUAUUGAUUUACAGUACUUUUUUUCCAGCAAUAUCAAUUUCCGUUUGUGUCCUAUAUAUAUCAAAUAUGUUCAUACAUAUAAUAAUAUUUUAUUAAGAGUUAAGAGCA